AUGAGCAUCCGGAUGAUUGCUGAGGCUGUAUAUGCCAAUAAAGAAACGGUUAGAAAAAUUUUACAUGAGGAAUUACAUAUGACAAAAGUCUAUGCGAAGUUGGUGCCAAAAAACCUGACUCCUGACCAAAAGUUCUUGCGUCAACAGGUCUGCUCAGAUUUCCUUGAAAAGUUAAAAGAAGAUCCCGGACUGAUGAAAAACAUUAUAACUUGCGACGAAACAUGGAUUUUUCAAUACGAUGUUGAAACAAAGCGACAAUCGAUGCAUUGGAAGACACCUGAAUCGCCCAGAAUCAAAAAAGCAAGGAUGUCCAAAUCAAAAUUUAAGGCAAUGUUGAUCGUUUUUUUUGACAUUAACGGUAUCGUGAUGACUGAAUGGGUUCCAGAGGGUCAGACUGUCAACCAGAUUUACUAUUUAUCAGUUUUGGCAACACUGCGAGAAAGAGUUCGUAAGAAACGGCCCGAGUUGUGGAAGAACAACUCGUGGAUUUUGCACCAGGACAACGCACCUGCCCAUAACGCGCUAUCUAUGAAACAGUAUUUGGCCGGUAAGCGCACUCCAGUGCUCGAACACGCGCCGUAUUCACCAGAUUUGGCACCAUGUGACUUUUUUUUGUUUCCAAAGAUAAAAUCUGCUUUGAAAGGGGCCCGAUUUGAGUCGAUGGAAGCGGUAAACCAAAAAACGGCAGAGCUCCUAAAGGCCCUCACCAAAGAAGACUUCCAGCACUGCUUUGAUCAAUGGAAAAAACGUAUGGAAAGGUGUGUGGCGAGGGGAGGGGAGUAUAUUGAAGGGGAGCAUUUGAAUGUAGAAUAAUUUUUAUAAUAAAACACUUUUUCGUAACCAGUCUCGUUUUUUAAUAGCCACACCUCGUAUUUUGAAUGGUUAUUGAAUAAUAAUUAUAAUAUUUAAAUAGUAUAGUUCAAUACGGAAACAAAAAGAGUAAACCAACGUUUUAAAUUUGAAAAAUGAUAAAAAAGGAAUACAAUAUUUAAUUACUGCACUACAAACAGUUACAAACUACAAUGAAAAAUGAACGUUUUAAAUUCCGUUUAUAUGGGGGAAAAAAUUUGUCAUUGGAAACUGAUUCCGCCGCAUUUUAUGUUAUUAGGCACUAUUGCACCACAGCUGUAUUGUAAUUGCAUACCUACUUACUAAAGAAUAUUAUAGAUUUAAUGUCUAAUGAAAAGUAUAAUAUUAUUAAAUGAUGCUAGUGUAACAUUUGUUGUAAUUUGUGUGCCUUUAUAAAUCUUUGUCCCAUUUAUCACGAGUACUCAUACUUGUUACAUUUUUUCGGUGACAGCUGUUGGCUGUGGUAUAGUUUACCUAAUACGAAUUACGAAAACAUAAAAUAAGUAUUGUUAUUAAAUUAAUAUUAUAAGUAUUUUUAAAAUGUUUAGUUUAAUUUUUAAUUUUUUAAAUUGUAAGUAUUAUUUUUGGUUAACAAAAAUUUAGUAAGUUUUAAUAAGUUUUUUAAUUUCAAAUGUUAAAUUAAACGAUUGAAACAACAUCAUACGUUGUUACAGCACUAUAGAAUAUAUUAGGUAAGUAUUAUAAUAAUGUUCAAUGGCGCUAAGAAAAAGAAAUUAUUUUUAUGUCAAGUACGUAAUUUUAUUUUCCUAAUAAUAUAUGUGUUACAUGUAUGAGUACAUUUGAAAUAAUAGUAUACUCAUAAUACAAAUGUAGAGAGCGGUUUUGCUUUAUAAUAAUAAGGUGUACACAAUAGAUUCUCACUUGAUAGACCUUUGUGCUGAAAUUCUUUUAUACAAAUUACAUAAUUGCAAUUUGUUUAUAUACCUAUUUAAAAAAAAAAUGGGUUUCUUUUAAUAAUUUAAAUUUAUUAUAUAUGAUUUAAUGGUUUUUGAAUAUUAUGAAACGAUUUCUAUAUACGAUUUAAGGUUUAAUCAAUCACGCAGUUUGUAUUCGAUCUAAAAUUUAUCGAAGAUAAUUUAUUGUUUUUUUUUUUUUACAUAUUUGAAAUUACUUGUUGCGUAAUAUUACUUGUAACAUUCAAACUGUCGACAUUGAAUUACAUUUUUUUUCUAUAUAAAAUAGAUUUUUCGGUUACCAUGCAAAAUACUGGGAUAUGUAAUAUUCAAUUAAAUAAUUAUGUACAGUUAAGCAUCUUAAGUACAGGUAUACAUUUACGAAAAAAAAAAAUUCUAAUUUUAAUUAAAACAAAUUAGUUUAACGCUAUUGUGUUUGGUAUAAGUCGAAAAAAUAAAUAAUAAUGAUAGAACUUCCUCGACACCCCGCUAUUAUACGCCACAAUGUGAUAAUGUUAUAAAUUGAGGCUAAACAAAACUUGUGAUAGAUACCAAUGGCAUUCGCGAAUCAUGAUAUUUCUUUUUACGAUCUCUUUUUACAUUUAUAUUUUAAAAGGAUUAAAGACUUAGUGCCAUGGCAAAGUAAUCAGCUGAUAAUUUGUUAAAAGUUUCGAUAAAAUGCUACGGGACAUUUCUUAAACUAAUGAUAGUGUAUACGCAUAAAAUGUUAAAACUGCCUACUAGUUCGCGCAGAAAUAAAUUUAAAAAAGGAAAAGUUGAUAUUGUUGAUAUGUGUUGUACUGAUUUAGGAGGGAAGUCGAAAGGGAUGACAUGUAGAGCAAUUUAAUUUAUAUCUUUACGUGCCUAAUGAUAAACCAUUACUAUUGGAUAAAGAUUCUGAGCAUAGUAUUAAUAGAUACCUAGUCGUGUUUUUUAAUUAUACCCAACAAAUUGCCAGUUUUUAUCAUUAGUUAAACUAUUUAAAAAUCAAAAAAUAACCUUAGUUCAACCAAGGUAUAGGUUAAAAAUGCUAGAUGAAAAUUCCUAUGAAAUUUUCUACUGAAGCAAGAUUUCCGGUAUAAAAAAAAAAAAAAAACAAAGUAACACCAAUAUAUUCUUUGCUUCACUUAUAAUUUAAAGUUAAAUUAGUCUAGCAAAUAUAUAUAUUAAUAAAAAUCGUUUUGUAUUUUUUUUUUUUUACAGAGACGUCAAUAGGAAUGACAUGAGCGUAAUUAUUGUAUGUCAGUGUGGGGUACAGCCCCCAAGCGAUGGGAGAUAGCGCCGAUAACUACAUCAAUGCCACUGAAUCAGACAUCAUGAUUAAAAGACAAAUGAUUAGAACCGAAUUUUACAAUACUUACGAUGUGAUGACUGGAGUAAGGAAUUUAAAAACUAUAAAUGUGUUAUACAUAAUAAUAUUGAUAUACUUAUACUUACUUGUGUGAUAUUUAAUUUUUUUAGAUUAGGAUCGCGUCCACUUUAGGAGGAUUUUUUUUAAUGAUGGUCCUUUUAGUGUUAUACAAAAGUAAAUGCAAAACUCGAUCGCUUUCCGAUCAGCAUCUCGAAGCAGUUAUCAAAGCGGCUGUUGACCAAGAAGAACAGUUAGCUGCGUUGGCCAAAAGAAGUUCCAGUUCUAGCUAUUGCUCUGGUCACGGUCUCUGUAGAUGUUCUCCGAGUAAGAUAUACUUGUUUUUAUUGACCUGUUAAACACUCUAUACAUAGGUACCUGUUAAAUAUUUUAUUCGGUUUAUUUUAUCUACUGCAGGAUACAGUAUGACUGAGAACAGUGUUGCCGAGUGUAAUAAUUGGAAUCGAAAGUCUAAAAACUAUCUUUCCGACACUCAAUAUCAUCCGUAUACGGCUUUAUCUCAAACCAGCAACAAAUUUAUAAAAUCAUCGGUACUAGAAUAUUCUUUCGAAGAGGUAUGUAUUUUACAUUUAGUAUUGUUUGUUAUAUGGUUUAUAACGAUUAAAAUCGUUUGUUUUAUGUGAAAAAAUAUGUAAAAAAAAUAAUACAAACUAAACAAUAAUGUCUUGAUCGUUAAUGUUAACGUUCGCAAAAAAAAGAAAAAUCAAUGCCUAAAGAUCCAACAUAAAGGGAUGCUAUAGGAUUUAUCUUUAAUAAACUUAUUUACUGUUCUUAUGCACAUCUUAAAUUCAAAAUUAUGGUAUAUCUUUAAACAGUAGGUAGAAUAAAACUUUGUAGAGAAAAAUUCAUUCGAAUAAAAGGUAAUCCUUAUAUUUUUCAUAAAACAAUAAAAAUACUAUUAUCAUUAGAGUACAUUUUUGGUUGCUGCCUUGCUGAUCAUUGUUCCAGAGUCGUACAGAAUAGGAUAACAUUUUAGCCGUAUAAAUAAGUUUAAAGCCAAAUAUAUUAUUACAAGUAAUAUAUAAUUAUAUUAUAAAUUUAAAAAAAAAUUAGUAUCAAUUCAUAUAUUUUCAUUUUAAACAAAUUGAUCCAAUAUUUUUUUGGUUCAAGACUAAAUAAAACAAAAAUGUUAAAAUAUAUUACAGGAGCAUAAAAACAAAAACUAUAAUAAGUAAUAACUAAUAACUAAUAAGAAAUAACCAAAAUGAAAAACGUGUUUUUCAUAAUAAUACAAUCAAAUUAACCACGAUGUCAAUUUUACGUCUAUUUCUAUUUCUUUCUUAAAUUUGAAUUUGAUUCAUUUAAAUCUAUCUGGCUUGGACUCUGAUAAUAAAAGGAUAGUACUAUGUUCGAUCGUACUAUUAUAUUACAUAAUCAAAAUAUUUACGUAACGUAGUUAACAUUUUUCCGAUAGAUUCCAGCUCUUAUUUAAUCUUUUAUCGUCUUAGAUAAUAAAUAAAAACACACAUGUUUAGAUAAUGCAUCCUCUAUAUUUUUAGUAAAACGCAUAACAUUAAACAUUUGUGUUCAUGAAUACGAAUAAACAACUAUAAUAAUUAAUAUAACGCUAUUUAUUAGCAACUUUACAAAAUAAUACAAAACAUAAAAUCAUACCUAUUAUUUUAUGAAACUUGUGUUUAAUUUAAUAAAUAGAUGUAUUCGUAUAUUCAUUUUUUAUUUUUGUAAAAAAUAACUAGCCAUAUCGAACUUAUUUUCUACAAAUAAUCAAUUUUAUUAAUUGCAUACCUACAGUUAUCUACUACGUGUAAAUAUUUUAUUAUCAGUAUGAAUUAGAAGGGGCUUUAUUUAUUGUUUAGCUACUAAUGAAUGUUUACUGUCUAUUGAUAUCUGUUUACAUCAAUUACAAUCUGAUAUUACGGUUUAAUUUGAAUUUAAUAUAUUCAAUAAUACGAGUAUUGUUGUUAGAAUAAUUGAGCCAAACAGAAAUAUUUAAAAAUAUAAUACGAGGUUUAUUAUGAGUUUAACUUAGCGGUAAAAACAAAAGUUGAGCGUAGCUUAGUAAUUGUUUUUUUUUUCAAUUCUGACAAAAAUUUUAAAAAUUACAGUAUUUCAAAAUGCGGUUUUUGUUGUCUAUCGCCACGUGCAUAUAAAUUUAAAUUGACUAACUUUAUGUAUCCUAUCUUCCUAACUUCCAGUCUGCAACGGUGACACACUUAUCUUCAGUAUAAGCUCUUUUUAAUUUAUGUACAAACUUAAUUUUUUGAAUUUAAAAAUAAACCAAAACCAAACAAUUAUCUUUUAUUUAACCUGCAGUAUUUUCAGAUAAUUAAAAUAAAUAAUCUUAAUAAAAAAAUAUGUAAUUUAAUAAUUCGAUGAUUCUUCAGUGUAAUUCAUACAAAAAUCUCGAUAUUAAUAUAUUAUUAAUGAAAUUGUUUAUGAUACUUAAACCUUUGUUACUCUUUUUAAUAUCAGCUUCUAUAAAAUAUUUGUUACAAAUAUUAUUUUUUAAUGCAGGCACUUUUAUAAUAAAUAUAAUAUUUUAUGAAAUAAUCAUGUGAAAAUGUGAAGUAAUAAUAUUAAAUAGUAAAUACCUACCUAUAUAGAUAAUCAAUCAUAAUAUACACGUAUACUUGCGUAGAAAAAGGAAAUAAAUAUAUUUGUACAAUCUAAAGUUCAUGCAAAUUUGAAUUGAUAAUAUAAUAUUAUAAAAUAUAAUCGAUUGAUUGAUAGUUUGCUGUGUAAAAUGUCAAUUCUUGUAUAAAAUGACAUGUAAUAACAAAAUAAUUCAAUUGUGUUUUACCAUAAUAUAUUACAAACCAAAGCUUCUCAAAGGGGGGAGGGAAUGAGGCUGUGCUCUAUACAUACGUUAUACGAACAUUCAAUUAUUUAAAUCAUGGGACACGAUUUAAAUUUUAAAUAAACAAUUUUUAUUUUUAUUAUCUUUAUUUUUAUUACAAAUCCUUAUUUGAAAUUUAAAAUUCUUAUUUUAUGGGUUUACAAAAGAGAAUCUAUGGUAAUCCCCCCCCUCCCCGAGAAAUAUUUCUGGGUCUCGAGUACAACCCAAUAAAAAUAUAAACUUUACUUUGUUAAAUGUAUAAUUUAAGUCUAAAAUUCGAAAAAUAUUUAUUUAGUAAAUUGUAAUAGCUUCAAAAAUAAAAUAUUUUUAUUCGUUGUUUGUGAAUUGAGAGGGGCAUGCAACCGUUUAUGUACCCUAAACUUCGAAAAAAAAUAAAUAAAAAACAACCUGACCUUUUGUUGAAAAAACUUUUUUCGCGUCGUUAAAAACUAACAAAAAAAAUAUCUUUGGUUUGAUUAACUGAUCGCCAUCCUUCUAUGUAUAUGCCUUAAGUUGUUGUUCGACUAUAAAAUUAAUGCGCACCAUAACGUUGUUUUAUACUAUUCACCAAAGGAUUUUGUUUCGCCUUUUAGUAGACACUUUAAACGUACGAAUUUCAGUUUUAGAAUCAAUAUAGUACCUGCAUCCUAUCUAUAGUAUCUACUCAUAUUUCUGUAAUUACAUACUUUUAAAAAUAAAUCUGGAUUAGGUAAUACUGUGAUGUGUCACAUCGGUUUUAGUAUUAAACGAACUUAGUAGUUUUCAUUAUUAUUAUUAUAUUGUUGUUACUUUGUCUUUUAAACUGAUAAUUGAGUGUGCUAUAUGUCUUAAUACAUACAUUUUAAGACUUUAGAAGUUAUAUUAUCCGAUUUUAUCCUACGAUUUUAUUCAUUAUUAUCUAUUAUUACUUAAAAUAUUAAAAUAAUAAUAAUAAAUUAAUAAAACAUUUAUUAUAAUAACAAUACUUACUCCUAAACAUAACAAAUUCGUAAAAUAAAUACUAUGUACUUAACAUUUUAUAAAAUACCGCAUAGGGUUUAGGCCUGUAAUAGUAUUAGCACAUUGUGGUGAAAACACUCAAAACAUAUAAUAUGGUGGUUUUCUAUAAUUUUCUAUAUGUAUUAUAUGAGACGAAAAUCUCGAAACAAAGAAAUGUAAUCUUGGAAGAGUUUUAACCCUAUUAGUCCAUGUUGGUCGCAUGACAGGCACAGCAUCUAUAUCUAUGAUCACCACCACUUAAGUAAUCGAUCUUCCACAAUAAUACAUUUUAUAGUAUACUAUAAGUCAUAUAAUACACUAUGUAGUAUAUAAUUUUAUCGAUUUCGUUUGCUGUAUACAAGUAUUAAGUACCUACUACUAUAUACAAUAUACAUUUAUAUUUUACUAUUCUAAAAGAUUUAAAAAGAACACACGAAUUUAUCAAACGUUAAACAUGUUCUGAACCAUCUUAAUUAAUUAGAAAAAUGGUUAGGCAACUAAAUAAAUAUCAUUCAACAGAAUGUUAAGGGGGUUGCAAACGCCUUUUUGGCUAAUAAAAACAUGCAUUAUGGAAAAAACGCAUGCCUCGUAGUCCGAUUCGAUGAUUUCAACAGUUCAAAUUGAACUCCGUUUUUGAAUAUUCAAACUUAAUAUGUCAUUUAAAAAGGUUAAUUUUUAAUUUUUUCAAAAGAAAUGAAAUUCGAAGUCAAUGCAGUAGUUGUUUAAUUAAAUAAAAAGCUGAUACUGAGGCCAGAUGUAUCAUUGAUGUAUAGGUUAGAAGUUAGGAAGGCAGGAUACAAAAAUGUAUUCAAUUUAAUCUGCAAGUAACGAUAAACCAUUGCUUGUAAAAAACUAGUCUGCAUUACGGCCAGCUUUUUUUUUAACACCAAGUAAAACUUAUAAUGUAUCUUAUGUAAAAUGUUUUAGCAUUUUUACUAGGAUAAACAAUAUUAUUCACGUAAUACUUACUAAAUAAAGACUAAAAUAUUGAAAAUAACUAAUGCCUAUAAAUGUCUUAAAAAUCGCCAAAGUAUUUUGAAUAUUUUACCACAUCUAGAAAAGUAUUGUGUAAAUAUUUUGUGUAAAUGUCAAGUCUGUACAAUUAUGUUUAACCGAAUUAUAAAAUUUAAAACAUUGAAAUUGUUAAGGGUUAGUUACGUAAGGUUUAUUGCGGAAAAGUUUACGGAAAAAAACGUAAACUUUCUCAUUUUGUCUUGAUUAUGUCUGGCUCAUAAUACAAAGCUUUCUUUCAAAAACAUGCUACACUUGAAUUUCAAUUCAAGAUUUUUGCAGAAAAACCAAAUCAAAAAAAUUGAAAAUAAUAACGCCAUAAAUAAGUUAGUCUUUCUUCUAACAUUUUUCGGUUUUUUCCAAUUAUUUUGAAAAUUGCUCGAAAAUCAAAAAAAAAACAUUCUUAUUCACCAACUAGAUAAAUAUUUACUUUAGAUAUAUAUAUUUGAAAUUGGAAUUUUGCUUAGAAUUAUUUGUUAAACGCAAAAACUAAUCGAUUUGUAUAGAUUCACAGUCAAAAUAUAAUGUCGUGUGGCAAAAUUUGCUUCUUACAAGUAUAUUUAUCCUGCGAGUGCACAUUAAAAAUUGAAUAAUUGUCAUAUAGAAUUAAAAAUAAUGAAUAAAGAGUUUGAACUUUUAGAUUGACCCAACCAUGCACAUUAAAAUUAAAUCCGAAAAAACGUAAUACUUAACAUAGUUUUUGAAGACUACCUACCUAGUGUAUACUUAUAUUUAACUAUACGAAUAUGUAAACUGAAUAAAUAUUGUAUUAUGUCCGUUUGACGUGUACAAAUCUAUAUUGAAACAUGAUAUAAUAUUACAGUGGAUUUAAUAUCAUUAAACCUCGAAUUCUUUCAAACGUAUACUUCUUCAAAUAUAAUACGAACAAUAUACAUAGCAGUAGUGUUAAAGUAAAUUAUAUGUAUUUUAGUGUUUCGAUAAGUUGAGAUUCUAGACAACCUCAAAUAAAAAUGAAUCCUCAUGAAAUAUUUUUUAUGUUUAUGACACACAAUACGUGUGUUAAUAUUGUAAUAUGUUACUCAUUAUUCAUUUUCAUAAAAUAGUUUAGUGUAUUUAUCUCGUUGAACUUCGUGUUAUUUUGAAAUAUUUUUAUUUUCAAUAUUUUUUAGUAUACCGAUAUAAUAACCUACUAUAAUAUAAUUUAAUAUCAUAAAAUUAUGAUUAUUAUUUUGUAAGAGAAAAAAUUGUAUCUUGGUGGUGAAUAAAUGUAUAAUUUUUUGUUUUUCCAAGUGGUUUAUAUAAUAAUUUAGGAAAACCGGAAAAAAAACUUAAAAGAAAAACGAUUAAACAUAAUUACUAACGUGCCGUUAACGAUUUCAUUAUUUUAUAUUAUUUUUCUAUUUAAUUUUUCGGUAGAAUUAUGGUAACAAAAUUUGCACUGAAAUUCAAUAGUGAAUCACAUUUUCUAGAAGUAAACUUUGUUUAGUUAGUGCGUAAGAAAAUAUUGUAAUUUUUUUAAUAAUUGUACAAAACCAAGAAAAAUCGAAGGAAAAAUGAGAAAGAUUACGAAAACCUCAGUUCAAUUUUGGUUAUUAUUGUAAUUUGGUUUAAAAUAAUUUUAGAAAAUUAUAAUUUUCAUAUAAUACUAAUAUUCAUCUUUUCUAGACGUGGUAAAGUUUUCAAAACAUUCUAGCUUCCUAUUCUUAGUUAUUUAUAGGAAUUUGACAAUUUCGAGUUUCAUUAGUUCUUAUUUAGAUUUUUGUGGAUAAAGUUGAUUCGGUCAAGUUCGUAUACUUCAAAAUUUUGUACAGGGUUCAUUGAAAGUCAUAUUUUAUAUAAAAAAAAAUUGAAUACAUGUAGUAGUUUUUCCUUUUUUUUUUAAUAAGCCUUUUUAGUUCAAAUUUUGACGAAAAUCGUAAAAAUUAUGGCAAUUCAAAACAUGUGUAAUCGAACUUCGUUCAGAAUCUUAUUUGAUUAGUAAUAAUUUAUCACUGCGUACAGAUAUCUGAUAUAAAUAAAAUAACUCUAGUCUAUGUAUCUACCUUCUUAAUUGCCCACCUAAAACAGGUGCACCCAUCAUCACCAGUAUCAGCUCUUUUUUUUGCAGCAUAACAACAUUUAUUUUGUAUUAAUUAAUUCUAGAACGAAGACGACGAUAUGGAGGAUAUGUGCGGCAACAACGGUUACCGUGUGGCUAAAUGGCUCGAAGUACCUGGUGACAGAAAAUGGAUACCAAGAGGAAAUAGCGCUAUAACGGUCAGUAGCAACGAUACGAGUUACUUGGAAGCUAGAGGAUCAUCGUUGAUCAUUGGACACCCACCAUCUCCAUUGAAUCACCCACUACCCGCCGGGGACCCACCGUGGGAGUUCUACUAUCCCAUUGACAUACAAGUUAGUAGAUAAGUUAGCAUCCCCCGACCAAACUGUUAUAAUUAUAUUAUUUAAUAUAUUCGUUAUAGUUUACUUAGCUAAUUUUUUAAACAUCUUUUUUUUUUUUUUUAAUAAUCAUAAUAAUAUUCUAUGAAAAACCAGUUUACGCAAGAUAUUAUUUGAACCUUUGAAUAAUUUAGUAAUUCAAUUCCAAAAUGUAUUAUAGGACGCAUUUAUACUCUUUCUAUUCAUACAUUCUAUGUUUGUUUUUAAAUAUAAUAUUAAAGAAAUACAAAUGUCUUUAGAAAAAAAAACACGCCUAAGCAAUAGAACUCCCUACUUCAUCACUAUAGUAGAACUUUUUGCCAGCAGACUUUUCACCAUUACAAUAUGUAUUUCUUUUUUUUUAUAAUUGGUCUAAAAUAAUAAUGAUUGCCAAUUUUAUUACAUUUUAGCCUGUAUGGGGUAUUUUAAAUCCGAUAUUUCUUAUAAAAACAUGAAAUUCGAGCAUAAAAAUAGGGUUGAAAGUUUAAAGGAUGUGUCUCCUAAAGGAACAUCCUUGAUACAUAUACCAUGCUACCCUUGUCCUAAAUUGGGGAUCUGAGGGAUGUAAAAAGCUUAAAUAUACCUUCCUCCUGCAACAACAUUAUAGCAAAAUUCAUAUUGAAUUUCAACUAAAAUUUUUAUUACAUCAAUCCGCCUAUAAAAUAGCUAUAAUUCUUUGAAUUCAUUUUGUCCAGAGGGAGCCGUUAAAAGUGUCCGAAAAAGUAGCGAAAAAAGAUAUAUACGUAUAUGUAUUAUGUAUAUAACAGAUACAAUCAUAUAAUACAGUGCAAUGGUAUCUAAUUUUGGGGAAAAGUCAACUAAAUCAAUGUUACAUUUUUUAGAGAAGAAUAUAACAUAUCACUUCUGAGAAAAAAAUCAUAGUAAUACCUAAGUAUACAACACAUUAUGUAAAUAAUUACAUAACGUAGUAUUUAUCUAAUGUCUUCAAUUUACUAUUUACUAACACAAAACAUACACAACUAUAGAUUAUUAUGUUUCAUAAUAUUAUAAUAUUCUUUAUCUCACCAAUAACAAUAUAGAUAUAGGUAAUAUUUAUCAAAAUUUCAUCAUUUAAUAUAUUAUCAUUGUAUAGGUAGAAAUAAUUAAUUCUAUUUAAAAGUUGUUUAUUGAUCGUCAUAAGAUAUUUACUUUUACGAUGCUGUGUUUAAAUCAAAUACAUUAUAAGUCGUAAUAUUCGAAAUAAUUUAUAACGGCACAUUAUCACGACAUCGUGUGUUGUAUACCAAUAAUAUUACAAUCAUAAAACAUUUAUACAAUAUGAAUAAUUUAAUAAAAUAAUAAACCUUAAUUCCAGUACAUAUUAUAAAAUUAGAUAGAUUCUUAAUCAAUGAAAGUAGACCCCUAUAUUAUUAUAUUAUUAGUAAACAAUUGUAAACGUUAUUAAAAUUGAACAGUGCAUUUGAAAACAAAAAAAUGAAUAUACUUAAUGAAUUAAACCGAUAUACAAUAGUAUACUUCUAUUAUAAUCUAUAAUAGUAAUAAUUGUUUGAUAUUUGUUCGAUAGUUAAUUAAUAAUAAUUUAUUAUAGUGUUAAAGUAAUAUAUUUUCAUUGAUGGUACCAAACAUUUUUUUUUUUUUUAAACAUUUGUCAUUUUUGAAAAAGGAUACAUACUUUUUAUUCUUAAUGACUUAAUUUUGUAAAUAUUGCGUGCAACACAUCCUAAUUGGUAUAAUUUAUAUACGUCAAAUAUCUUAUACUGAAAUUCAUUCUUAAAACUUAUACAUGCUCUUAAAUAUUCUAAAUAUAAUAUAAAACCAUAACAAAACCUAAUAAAACAGAUAUAUUUUUUUUUUCAUUUUUUGUAUGUAUAAUAAGAUGAUUGUUUUAAAUUUUAAAUUUUAAUUAGAAGCAAUAUAUGAAGCCAGCUUUCCCCUUUCCUAAUGCGAUUGUUGAAUUUUGUAAUUAAUUAAUCUGGAAUUUGUGUGAAUUUGUGCAAUAGCAAUUAUGGUGUACCUAAACUAAAAAAAAAAAAGAAAAGAAAAAAAAGAAGAUUAAGCUGGAGAAAUCCUAGCAGCAUUCUAACACGGAAAAAACCCGUUUUUGAACUGAAACCUUUUUUUUAUCAGUAAAAACAACUUAAAUGAAUUUUGAAAAAGAAAAAUUGCCCACGAAUAAAAUCGAAUUAAUAUACUAAAAUAAAAUAAUAAAUACGCGUUAAAAUUAUUAAGAAAAUAUUACAUUGAUUAUUAUCUUAAAGGAAUGUGAUUGCUCAUUUUGAUAACAUUAUUAUUUUCAAUAAUAGGACUUACUGCUCUGUCGAGUGAACGAAAACAAACUUUUAUCACAUUAUAAUAUUACGUCGUUAGGUACUAAAUGUCGUGUAUAGUUAAACAAAUGCGCAUUGCUCAGUGAUUUAUGCUUAUCUCGUUCUCAAAUGUUUAAACUAUUUAAAGUUGGAAUCAUUUUUUUGGUUGUCUUGCAUUUACAAUUAUUACCUAACAAAAGUUAUUAUCAAAAUGUGAAUUGAAAUUGGAGUAACUAAAUAAAAAUACCUAAUAAAUAAGGACGGGUUUGAAUAGAAAUGGUUUAUCAUUAUAAUUUUAUUAGUCAAGAACAUUCGUAACUUUUUGAUUUUUUUAAUUCAAUUUUAGGACUGAUUUUAUACUACGUUUUUUGUUUUUACAAAUGUGUGUUUUAAUUCUAUUGAAUUAUUUUGUUAUUUUUAACAGUUUUAACGGUUUAUUUAUUAAGACCUUUAAUAUUUACCUUUUAUGCCAUUUCGCAUUCAGACUUAAAUCCUUUUGCAUUCAUCAUAUUGUCACCUAUAUUAUAAUAAACUAGGUACCUUAAAUUUCAAAAAAUAAUUUCGGAGUUAGGCACAUAUAAUAAUAAGAGAAGAAAAAACUACGUGAUAUUAUUGAUGUGGCAUCAGUGAUCAGUUUAAUUAAAGGACAAAAACUACAAUGGCUUGGACACGUUACCACAUUAGUGGAGAGUGGUACCGUCAGAUCAGUAUUAGAAUGGAAAUCAUACAAAACAACACAUUGGAGAAUUUUUUUUUUUUUUUUUUCGGAAAAACUGUAGUUGGGAAUAUUAGAUUUUGAAAAGGUUCAAUUGGGAAAAGCAUACUACAAUCAGAUCGAUGUAGUUGAAGAAGACUUAUGAUGUAUGGGAAUAGACACGUGAAGAGAAGUAGCGCAUGUCAGGGAUAGGAGACGUAAUGUUUUAUUGACUGCAAAGACUCUUAAAGAGUUGCUAAGGCCAGUAUACGAAGAAGAAAAUAAUAAUAGCAUACAAAUAAGUCGAUUAAUAAUUGUUUUUUUCUAUGCUAAAAUCGUCGAAUAUUUCUUUGUAUUAAUAAACCACGUGUUUUAGAUUUGAAGCGUAGCGAGGGAUUUUUUUGUUUUACUAUGAUGUGUGUUUUUGUAUUUUAUGAAAAACUUUUUACCAGACAUCUUGCUCCGAUGUAGCAUCUUUUCUGAAAGGAAAUUUUAUUUAGUUGGUACAUUGGGGAGGUAAUUUUAAAUUUUCCAAUUAGUUUUCAUAAUAAUUGGGAAAAACAGGAAAAAGACGAAAAAUGAAAACUGAUAAAUUUACGACGGUCUUAUAAUUCCUUUAUUUUAAAUUUUUACGGAUUAUGUUUUCUAUCAAAAAUAUUGCUCCAAUGAAAAAAUAACAAGAGAUAUUUUUCGUUGAAUUUUUAAUUUAGUUAGUAAGUAAGAAAGUUGUUUUUUUUUUAUUUUCCCUGUAGGUAGUUUUUUUAAUAAUUGAACAAAACUGAAAAAAAGUGGAAAUAAUUGGAAAAUUUACGAAAAUAAUACUUUUAAUUAUUUCUCAUUUUUUUUUUUUUUUUUUUUUUUUGUUGUUAUUAUAACUAAUUCAGUUAAAAAUAUUCUUAGAUACUUGAAAUUUUAACAGAAAACAUAUACUUGCCUUUUUUAGAAAAUGUAUACUUUUAAAAAAAUAUUUGAGUGCUAUUUUUGGAACAUCUAUAGAUUUUUUAAUUUUAUAAGUUUUUUACGUAAUUUUUUGGUAGGUACUCUGUGGAUAAAAUGAAUUGACCAAACAUAAUUUCUUGAAAAUUUAACAGGAGAUUCAUUAUAAAUUGUAGGUAUUUAGUAGUCAAAAAUAAAAGUUAAGUGUAUCAUUUUUUUUUUUUAAAAGCGUUUUAAUAUCAAAUUUUGACGGAAAUCGUAAAUAUUACUGCCUUUUAAAACAUGAUUAACUAUCAGCAAUUUUAACGGUUUGCAAUAAAAAAUUAAGUAUACUAUUCUAUUGCCUAUUCGUAAAAUUUCGUAGGAUAAACGGUACUUACAUACAGCUAUUAUUCGAUUGUUUAUUUAUAUUAUUCGGAUGUGAAUUAUUCAAUGCGGGAUAUUUAAAUUUAUUUCCGCUGAGACAAAAUAAUAUAUAUACAGCGGGGACUAGUUAUAGGAGUAUCAUUUUUUGGAAUAUUUAAUAAAAUAUGCAUUUUUGAAACUACUAUGACUGUACUAUGUACGUAGGCACAUAAACAUAUUAUAUUUUAUGCAUUAUUUGUAGCUCGUAAGUAUGACUAAAGUGAUUAUGACAGUGCAGAAUAGUCUAUACUCUAUACGAAAUUGUACACAUUUAUUUAUUUAGAGGAAACAUCUAUACUAACAACUGAUUAGCCUAUCUUUUGUCCAUUAUACACACUAUAAAGAUAACAAGUUUCUGUCUUCGUGAAUUCACGAUAUAUGUAUCGUGUACAUACAUACAUAUAUAUAUAUAUAUAUAUAUAUAUAUAUAUAAAUACAAUACACAAACAUACCGUAAGUUCAUAACCCAUUUCCCACUUCCAUUUAGGAAAGUGUAAAUUUCUCCCCUUCUCAUUACUGGUGGGUCUUAACCAUUACACUCCUAUCUUUUGAAGAAACUUGUCACCGCUGCUUACAAUCCACAGUUUAUAUAGACACCGUACAGCUUUCUAUUAAACCUUCUUCGACAGUUUCCCGUUACUUUCUCGUUAGUACAGUCUCCAAUGGUCUGUAAAAAGAUUUUUGUUAACACGUUCACUUUUAUAUCUUUUAUUCGCAGGUGAUUCAACCGACGCCGUGCUUGUCGCCCAGUGGUGGCAGCCAAGAGAGUUUCUCGGACAUGCCCAGGCACACGGAACAACUGUUGCCGGCCGCGUCCGAGUCAUUCCGGAAAUCGCAACAGCAGCACCACCAACACCACCACAACAAGCAUCAACAGAAACCAUCGAUGUCUCCGGUGGUGGCGGCACCCAUAGCGUCGAUACGAACGUCUUGCAGCAGCUGCAGCGACGACGCCACGUCCACGGCCACCACGGUCAACUCGUCCGUUUUCGCCGACGACUGCUGCUGUACGACGACGUCACCGCUGUUGCCGGCAUCAUCGCAGCCGCCGCUCAGGCCGCCGGCGUCCGAGCGCACCGCCGCUGCAGGAGGGCUGUCAUAUUCGUGGCCGGCCACCGCGGGCACGGCAGCCAUCUCUCGCCGGAGGAGAUACUCGUCACCGCCGCCGCCGCCUCAGCAGCCGUUGCCGUCAUUGCCACCGCCGCCAUCGGCCCCAGCAGGUAACCACACACGAGAUGUCAGCCGCCCAUCAUCGGUGGGAGCCGCGGCGGUGCACGCGGCGGUCAGACCGUUUCACGAUUUCAACCGCAAGCCACAUCCACAGCCACAGCAACCGCCGCCGCUGCCGCCGUCCAUCGGCGGCGGUGCAGGCGGCAGAAACGUAAUCGUUGUCCAGGCCGACGUCAACCCCAUAGCCGACACGUUCGUCAACGCCAACUCAUUAUCAGGGUCUUUGCGCGCGCUUUACGACGCGUCUAAAGAAACAUUGUUCUAG